CAAACUUAGCAGCAGCAGCGGCAGCAGCGAGCACACGUGCAUUGCCAUCGAUCUCCUCGCCGGCGAGGCGGCGACGUGUCGUGGCUGAUCGGAUCGUGCAGAUGGCGGGCUCGACGGCGGCGAUGAAGUUCACGGUGAGGAGGAAGCCGGCGGAGCUGGUGGCACCGGCGAGGCCGACGCCGAGGGAGCUGAAGAAGCUGUCGGACAUCGACGACCAGGACGGGCUGCGGUUCCACAUCCCGGUGAUACAGUUCUACCGGCGCAGCGCCGCCAUGGGCGGGCGCGACCCGGCGGUGGUCGUCCGCGCCGCCGUCGCCAGGGCGCUCGUGCACUACUACCCGUUCGCCGGGAGGCUUCGGGAGCUCGAGGGGCGCAAGCUCGCCGUCGAGUGCACCGGCGAGGGCGUGCUGUUCGUCGAGGCGGACGCUGACGUGAGGCUCGACCACUUCGGCGACGCGCUGCAGCCGCCGUUCCCGUGCCUGGAGGAGCUCGUGUUCGACGUCCCCGGCUCGUCGGCGGUGCUCGGGUCGCCGCUGCUGCUCUUCCAGGUGACGCGGCUGGCGUGCGGCGGGUUCAUCCUGGCCGUGAGGCUGCACCACACGAUGGCGGACGCGCAGGGGCUCGUGCAGUUCCUCGGCGCGGUGGCCGAGCUGGCCCGCGGCGCGGCGGCGCCGUCGGUGCGGCCGGUGUGGGGCCGGGAGCUGCUCGAGGCGCGGAGCCCGCCGCGCCCCGGGUUCGCGCACCGGGAGUACGACGAGGUGCCGGACACGAAGGGCACCAUCAUCCCGCUCGACGACAUGGCGCACCGCUCCUUCUUCUUCGGGCCCCGCGAGGUCGCCGCUGUGAGGUCACACCUCGCGCCGGGCAUCCGGAAGCGCGCCACCACGUUCGAGGUGCUCACCGGCUGCCUGUGGAAGUGCCGCACGGUGGCACUGGCCCCCGACGCCGACGAGGUGAUGCGGAUGAUCUGCAUCGUCAACGCGCGCGGCGGCAAGAGCGGCGCCGGCAUCCCCGAGGGCUACUACGGCAACGCGUUCGCGUUCCCGGUCGCCGUCGCCACCGCCGGCGACCUGUGCGCCAACCCCGUCAGCUACGCCGUCGAGCUGGUGAAGGCGGCCAAGGGCGAGGUGAACGUGGAGUACAUGCGCUCGGUGGCCGACCUCAUGGUGCAGCGCGGCCGGCCGCACUUCACCGUGGUGCGCGCCUACCUCGUCUCCGACGUGACCAAGGCCGGCUUCGGCGACCUCGACUUCGGGUGGGGGAAGCCCGCGUACGGCGGCCCGGCGAAGGGCGGCGUCGGCGCCAUCCCCGGCGUGGCCAGCUUCCUCAUCCCGUUCAAGAACGCCAAGGGGGAGGACGGCAUCGUCGUGCCCAUGUGCCUGCCUGGUCCCGCCAUGGACAAGUUCGUGGAGGAGAUGGACAAGCUGACGCGCCCCGCCGUCGACGUCGCAACCACCGCCCCCGCGCCGCGGCAGCACCCCGACAUGUUCGCCAUGAUCAAGUCUGCGCUCUGAAUCAGCUGCGCGCACUACGAUCGGCAGAAUUCACUCUCUGAGCAUGUGUGGUGUUUGUGACGAGUUCUGUUCAUUUUGUACCCCAUGGCUUGUGCAACCAACAGCGUAAAAAUAUGUACUAGUACCUAAAUAAUCCGAAAAUAUUGUAAUGUAUAAUACUACGUACUAGUUAUUUUUCUUGGUUACACCAAAAAAGCUUAUGCAGCGCCCCCCCCCCCCUCAUUCCAUGUUAUAAAAUAGAGUUUUUUUACCAUUCUUAAAAAAUAAUUUAAUAUACCAUAUUUUUCAAUGUAAAAUUUAGUACCCUGAUAUAUGAUAUACCUUAGAGCAAUACUAAUAAU